CCCCGAACCGAUCCCACCAAUUCCGACGAGGCGUCGUUCUUAAUAUUUGUGUCUGUUGUGCGAUAUAUAUCUCCCCAGCUCAGAGACCUCAAACAACUCUCCCAUCUGAAUCUCCAUCCACAAGGCUCAUCUCUUAAAAAACCAUUGGUACGCCCAACAUCAUGUCAGCGACCCAACACAAGAAGCCCAGAAUCAUCCUCGGUCUCAUGACCUUUGGACCCGAUAAGGAGAAAGGAGCUCGAGUGACGUCGAUGGAUGAUUUCAACAAGAUUCUCGACGACCUCCAAAAAUUAGGCUACAAUGAAGUCGACACAGCCUAUAGCUACUGCGGGACAGAGCAACAAGCUUGGACUCGCAAGGCCAAUUGGAAGGAACGUGACCUCAAAUUAGCGACCAAAUUCUACCCUGGAGGCCAAGGAGGAGGUCAUGAUGCCGCCAAUAUUCGAGCUAAACUGGAGUGGAAUCUCGAGCAAUUGGGAACGGACUGUGUCGAUAUCUUUUACCUUCACGCUGCCGAUCGAAAUACCCCCUUUGUUGAGACGCUGGAAGAAUGCAACAAGCUUCACAAAGAGGGUAAAUUCAAGCAAUUGGGUAUCAGCAAUUUCACCGCGUACGAAUUGGCAGAGUGCGUGACCAUCUGCCAGGAGAGGGGAUGGGUCAAACCUUCCAUCUACCAAGGCAUGUACAAUGCGAUUACUCGAAACCUCGAGAGCGAGCUCAUUGUCGCUUGUCACCGUUACGGCCUUGAAAUUGUCGUAUACAAUCCUCUCGCUGGAGGUCUUUUCUCCGGCAAGAUCAAAUCCAAGGAUCAGAAGGUCGAGGACCCCCACUCCCGAUUCGGGGCUCAGGCCUCGACAGGCAGCAACUAUCGAAAGCGAUACUUUCGGGAUGCCACGUUUGAAUCGCUCGAGAUAAUUGAAAAGGUCGCAGACAAGCACAACUUGACCCUACUGGAGAUUGCUCUGCGAUGGACUGUGCACCACAGUAAGCUGCACAUCGAUAAUGGCAAGGAUGGAAUCAUCAUCGGAGUUUCGAGUGUCGACCAGCUUGAAUCAAAUAUCAAGGAUUUGGAGAAGGGUCCGUUGCCCGAGGAGGUUGUCCAGGUCAUUGACGAGGCCUGGCUCCAUGUCAAGGCCGUAUCGCCUGUAUACUGGCACGGAGAGCUGGAAUACGGAUAUGAUUGGGACAACACAUACAAGCACUAGGUGGAUAAAGUUAGCAGUCGAUCAAGUAGUAGUUGGACAGGAUGAAUGGAGCUGCUCGUAGC